AUGCUUCGCGCUGUAGCACUCGUGUGCGUCACGGCGGCACUGCUAGCAUGCCUGGCAGCGGCCGCCAUUCACGAGGACGAGCAAGGCCUGCGCGAUUGGAUGAUGCAUCUCGUCGGCAACGUGCAGGAUAGUGCCGUACAGGUGGCGGCAAAUCCGCAACUACUCUACGUCGCCUCCGAGGACGGCGCGGUGGCGGCGAUCGCCGUCGGUGCCUACGGUGGCGCGAACCUGUCGUGGCGUCAGAUAUCCUCUGCGGUGCCACUCUGCGUCGCUGCUGGUUCGCAGGCGGUACUAACCGUGAACAAUGCCGGGGUGGUUACCCUGCUGGACCCUUCAACGGGAUCGAUUGAGGUGACUUACGCACUGCAGACUGUCAGCGCAACUCUGCAGGCGGCCGCGUGCUCGGUGGACGGGAGCAAGGGUGUGGUGGUCACCUACGACGGCACCCAGCUGAAGCGCUUCGAGUUUUCGAUGGCAUCUGAAGAGCAAUCAAUUCCGGUCGCUGCGUACGCGAGCCCGCCUGGUGAGGUGUCCAAGAUGUACGUGGCUGGCACCAUGCUGCUGGUGAACUACGGAGGCGACUCUACUGCCGUGCUCCAUCUUGACACUCUCGCCAAAGUGCGCAGCAUGGCUGGUAGUGCCACAAGCAUUGCCGUUGACGGCCACUUCACCACCCGCGACGCUGCGACCCUCCGCUCUUUGCCUGCCAAAGGCCCCUCGAGUGAGAUUGCAUGCCCUCACUGCGCCAUCGCUGUUGUGAGGAAGGCCUACACCGGCGAGUCCAGCGGUGUAGUCCGCGUUGAAGUGCAGAAGGACACGCUGCGGAUCACGUACCCCAACUCGGAUUUGACGAUUCCCAACACCUUCAACAGCUCCUCCGCCCACGUUCUCGUGGCGUUUGAGAGGAGCAACGGCGACGUUGUCGCGCUCAUCAAGACAAGUGGACACAACCUGCUUCUCGUGAGUGCCAUGGAAGGCCUUCUGUGGCGCCGCUUUGAAGCGCUUGCGAAUGUGGCCGUCGCCGCGAUUGUGGAGCCGAUGGAGACGCUGGACCACUUCCAUUUCAACAAAAACAUUUUACUGGUUUCCCGCCUUGGCGCGCUCUACUCGAUUCCCAUCGCAAGCAUGGGCACACAAGUGGACUUCAUCAAUGACUUCUCGCAGGAACUGGUGGCGGCCAUGAAGGUACCCUCGAUGGCAAAGGUGCAGGUGCGUGAGUUGGCCGUGCUUAACGACGGCCGCGCCGCCGUGCUGUACGCCGCGUCCGGCGCAACGAGUGGUCACAUCGUGAUCGAUCUGGUAGAGCGCAAGGUCACUAGUCUGUUGACGAGCGAGAAUGCCAUCCUUUCGACCCUGGGGCUGGAGGUGGCGGCCGACUUCUCUGUCAGGGGCUCGCUUCCACACGGCGUCUUCUACACAUACGUCAGCCACACCGCGUCCGGCACGAUUGAGGGGUACAGCAUCAGCGAGGAGGCGGGUGCCCGGCCUACGUGGGCGCUCCAGAUGCCCUCGGCCAUUGUGGCGCACGCAAGCGGCAGUGAACCGCUCCGGACGAAUGUCGUGAACAACUUGCAUGUAUACCCGAACAUCUCCGGGAAAGAGUUGGUGGAGGAGGUGCGUCGCACCUAUCCAAUGCGCAAUGUCAUCGCCGUGGCGCACUAUGAGCUGUCCAACGAGGAGCUGCCGUCGUUAGUGAUCACUGCCAUCGAUGUGGUGACGGGCAGCGUCUUGGCGACGUCACGCCAUGCGAACGUGGAGGGGGACGUGAAGAUGGUUAUUGUGGAGCACGCCAUUGUCUACUACUAUCUCGACGCCAAUAAAAUGCGCUACUGCUUCGGCGUGUGGGAGCUGUUCGAAGAUGAUAACAGCCCGGUUGUGUCCAAGGCUGCCGGCGCCACGAUUCCGCAGAUUAUCGCCUCUUUCUUUGUCAACACAAAGCGCGAGUUCAGCUCCCGUGCAACACGCCCGCCGAUCGUGGCAGUGUCGACACUCGGCGCCUUUGGCGGACCACUCGCAGACAUGGGAGUCACCACUUCCCUCAACGCCAUCGCCCGAAAGAGCCUUGUGCUGGCUUAUGCGACGGGGCGCGUGGCAGUGGUGGAGCUGAGGCAGCUACUUGCCGGCAACCAGAUCCCGAUGCCGAAUAUGAAAGACCGCCAAAUGUCGCACCUCCUGGUGCCCAGCUUCCUGUUUGCGUCGCACAAGUAUCGGCUCGCUUUUCCACGCAAGAUCACAACGGAGCCAACGUUGCUGGAGAGCUCUUGCCACGUGCUGGUGUCGGGCCUCGAUCUCUUCUACGUACGCUCCUCCUCUGGCAAGCCGUUUGACCUGCUCAAUAGUGACUUCAACAAGCCUUUACUUAUCACACUUGUCUGUGGCUUCGCUGUGUUGUCCGUGUUGGUGCGCUACUUUGUUAAUCGAAAAGUUCUCAACUCGGCAUGGCAGUAG